UAUGCGCUGAGAGCUCCUCAUCUUCAAGUGAGCAAAAGGUAAUAAAUAAGCAGAGAAAUAUCCAAGAACACCGAUGGCUGACGAGUCAUGGAGGGUGCCGACGCCAGUGCAAGAGCAGGCCGCCGCCGUGGAAGAGCCGCCGAGCCGGUACAUCCAGCGGGAGCAGAACCGUCCCGGCAGUCUGCUCGCCGCCGACAUGCCGGAGCCCAUCCCUGUCGUCGACCUCAGCCGACUGCCGGCCGCUGCCGAUGAGGCUGCCAAGCUCCGGUCGGCGCUGCACACCUGGGGGCUCUUCCUGGUUACCAACCACGGGAUAGAAACAUCUCUGAUGGACGGUAUGAUAGACGCAUCACGGGAGUUUUUUUGCCAACCGCUCGAGGAGAAGCAGAAAUACAGCAACCUGAUAGAGGGCAAGCGCUUCCAGGUGCAAGGGUACGGCAAUGACCCGGUGAUAACGCAAGAUCAGAUCCUGGACUGGAACGAUCGGCUGCACCUCAGGGUGGAGCCAGAAGAUGAGAGAAAUCUUGCUCAUUGGCCCAAAAAUCCUGAAUCCUUCAGGGAUCUUCUGCACGAGUACACAUCGAAAGCGAAGAAAGUAAGAGACAUUAUCUUUCAAGCAACAGCCAAGAUCUUGGAGCUUGACGAGGACUAUUUCAUCAACGACAAGGCUCCCGCAUUUGCCAGAUUCAAUUACUACCCUCCCUGUCCAAGGCCCGAGCUCGUCUUCGGCAUCAAGCCUCACUCUGAUGCCAGCGUUCUCACGAUUCUUCUCGUCGACAAUGAUGUUGGUGGCCUGCAAGUUCAGAGAGACGGCAUUUGGUACACUGUCCCAUCCAAGCCACACACGCUGCUGAUCAACGUGGGAGACUCCAUGGAGAUAAUGAGCAACGGGAUCUUCAAGAGUCCAGUGCACAGGGUUGUGACGAAUGCAGAGAAGGAGAGGAUCUCGUUGGCCAUGUUCUGUUCUAUGAUUGGUGACAGAGUGCUUGAGCCAGCGGCUGGCUUGCUGGACGAGGAGCGACCGGCGCGAUACAGGAAAAUUAAGGCCAUGGACUACGCUGCUGGACUCCAUAAACAUUUUUCAAAAGGAACGAGACUUAUCGAGACUAUGAAGCUCUAAGUAAUUGAUUUCCUAGUUUUAAACUGAGUCAGUGAAUAAAGCAGAAGAUAUAAGCUCGUGUUAUUAAAUUUAGUGAAGUAAAUUGAAUCAGUUACCAUCUCAAAAAGAAGAAAGAAUGAAUCAGUUAUAUGCAGUCAUUGUAGAAGAUAUAGUUUGACAAAGAUUGUGCUCGAUUUCUUAUUAUAAACCCUUACUUGCACGUUUUUUCAA